UCGACCAAGCAUGCAUGUGCCUGUGUGAAAUACCGACGCCGGAUUUACAAGAGAAACGUUAAUAUUUGACAAUAAAUCUACAUUUGGAUAAAAAAUAUGAGUGGAGAAACGGGCCACGUGUUGAUGUCCGUCGAGGCUGAAGCCUACGUGGAACACUUGGUGAAAUACAAGCUUAGAGAUGUCGGAAGUCCAGAUUGGUCAAGGCAGCAUGAGAUGCUGGAGAAACUCAACAUGCAGGCUGUGAUGAAUGCUUCCGCCCAGGAAGACGAGUUUGUGAAGGAUUUCUUCAUCUCAUCUGGAAAGUUUGCUGUGCUGAUCUAUGAUCUACUGGUAACAGAGGUGUGGAAAGAAAAGAUUUUCUCUGCAUUGAUCGAGAUGGACUUUGAACCUAAAACAACAUUCCCAAUUUACAUGGUGCUCUACCAUGAAGCAACAGUAGCCACCCUGCUGGAGACCACCAUGUUUUUUCGUGAGAGUUGUGAGAAUGCUGAGGAUCAGAUCACAGAUCUUGUCGACUACUGCUACCGGAAACUCACACAAAUUGUUGCCAGAAUGCAGGAACGAGAGAAUGAGGAUUCUGAUGAAGAGGACGGAGAAAUAACUGCAGAUAGUGAAAACAAAGCAAAUAUGGAGGAGCUACAAGAGCAGGACAAAAAACUAAACUUUGAGAUCUGUAUUAAAGUGCUGUCUCUACUACGCUACAUCGUUGAUCAUAUAGAAUGCUUGCCCAUGAGUGUUUUGAGCCGAGUACUGAACACACACGAUGUCCCCAUCCUGCUUGUACAGCUUGUGGAGAAUCCACCAUGGUGUAAACGGAAGGGAGACAAGCAGUACAAGUUCAUGGACAAUAAAUGGCAGGAGGUCAGCCGAGAGGACAGUUUCAAACUGACCAAGACAGAGGGACAGGUGUGGUUAGCCCUAUUCCAGCUGCUGAUGAACCAGACUUGUCAACAAAAGUAUGACUUAAACUCCUACAGAAAAAAUGUUAUAUUGAAGCUGAGAUCUUACCUGACUGAAAUAAUGCUGGACCAGUUACCUGUCUUGGCCGAGAUGCAGCGAUAUUUAGAACACUUGUCCAUGAUGGACCCACCUCCAGCAAAGAAAGACCUGAUCUUGGAACAGGUGCCAGAAAUACGUGACAAAAUCCUUGCUGACAAUGCUGGCAAAUGGAAACAAAUAGCAAAGAAGCAGUCAAAAACUCACUUUAACCCUUCCCAAGCAGACAUGAGGGCUCAAGCUAAGAGAUGGGCAGAUACAUAUAACUUUGACAUGAUGGAGAACUUGCUGUCCGAACCACCAAAGUGUGCCGUAUGUGGUAACGAGGCCAGCAAGCGGUGUUCACGCUGUCAGAAUGAGUGGUACUGCAGAAGGGAAUGUCAAGUGAGUCAUUGGGCCAAGCACAAGAAGGCAUGUAACCUUCUGGUGGAAUCUCAGGAAAAAGACACAGCACAGAACCAAGUUGUGGAGCAGACAUGACAGGAACAGUUGUCAAAGGAAACACAUUAAUAAGUUGCAAGACAAUUCAUCUUACAAUCAUCUUCCCAUUGGCAGAGGAAAUGCCUUUUUCAGACAGAUUCUGCUAAGUGUAUAUAGAAGUGUGGCUGUCUGUUUAUAAUAAUAGUACUGUUUCCAUGAUCAACAAUACAAGCAAACAAGAACACCUUUGUCAACAUCUUUUUAAUCCACUUACUUGCAAGAAAGCAGGAUUUGGAGUGCUUGAGUAUGAGAUUGUAUUUAUUGAUGAAAUAUAUUAAAGAUUUAAUUUUA